UGGGGCGGGCUGGGAGCGCGUUGCCCGAUGGCAGCUGCCUGGGGGCGCCGAUGGCCUCAUCCAUAAAGCCAAUGGCCCCAGCGAAGGGGACGCACUCGACGGUGGGAUCCUCCUCCAGGCUGCGGCAGAGCGCAGGCAGCCCGCCGGGAGAACUCCAGGGGGACUUACUGACGGAGUUGAAGCCGGACAGCCCAAAAGCUGGAGCGGAGGAGAGGAGGACUGACGACGACGGCUCUUCCUCGCCGCGGGAGCUGCACUCGCUCUCUUCUCUGGCACUUCUUCCAGACAGAUGGAGUUCAACUUGCUGACUGAGUCAGAAGCCCGCAGCCCUGCUCUCUCCCUCUCUGAGUCUGGAACACCUCAGCAUGAGCACAGCUGCAAAGGGCAAGAACACAGUGACACAGAAAAGUCACAGCAGAACCAGACUGAUGACUCCAACCCUGAGGACGGCUCCCUGAAAAAGAAACAACGCAGGCAGAGAACUCACUUCACUAGCCAGCAACUCCAGGAGCUGGAAGCCACUUUCCAGAGGAACCGCUACCCUGACAUGAGUACCCGAGAAGAGAUAGCUGUCUGGACCAACUUAACUGAAGCCAGAGUCCGGGUGUGGUUUAAGAAUCGCAGGGCCAAAUGGAGGAAGCGAGAAAGGAACCAGCAGGCAGAACUUUGUAAGAACAGUUUUGGAGCCCAGUUCAAUGGCCUGAUGCAGCCUUAUGAUGAGAUGUAUAGUGGUUACUCAUACAACAACUGGGCUACCAAAGGCCUGACUACCAGCACCUUGUCCGCCAAGAGCUUCCCAUUCUUCAACUCCAUGAAUGUCAGCCCCCUGUCGUCACAGCCCAUGUUCUCAACGCCUAGCUCCAUUGGCUCCAUGCCCAUGCCCUCCUCCAUGGUGCCCUCCACAGUGACUGGUGUGCCUGGCUCAAGCCUCAACAACCUCAGCAGUCCUGGCCUCAAUUCCGCAGUGUCAUCCAGCACCUGCCCUUAUGCCUCCACAGCCAGCCCAUACAUGUACAGGGACACAUGCAACUCCAGCCUGGCGAGCCUGAGGCUGAAGGCCAAGCAGCAUGCCAACUUCACCUACCCAGCGGUGCAGACAGCAGCCUCCAACUUGAGCCCUUGCCAGUAUGCAGUGGAUAGGCCAGUAUGAGGGACCAGGCUGCCCCCUGCCUAACUGGAACUUGGCCAUUAGCCCAGCACGAUCACAUCCAGACAGACCAAAUUCCAGGAAGACGCCUCCAGUUAUUAUCAUGUUAUGAACUUCUGACUCUUGUUUUGGUAAACACAAACGUUCAUUAAAAGUCCGUUUGGGAAAGAGAAACCUUUUUUGACGGGUUCUGAGCUCAUGUUCAACCCUGCGCCCGAAAUGUGAGAGCUCUACUCUUGCUCCUGCUCUAGCCCCAGAACAGUCAGACCAUUCAAACAACAACACAGAGUGAGCCUAGAAAAUUGUGCAGCUGCUGGCUCCACUUCUAUGUCUCUGUGCUUCUCCUCUUUGUGUAUUCAGUGGCUGCUCCCAUCAUGAACCAUUCAGAGGAGGUCUAGAAUUCUGUGCUUGAAACACACCGGCUCUGUGCAUUUGGAAUGAUGCAGAUUUAAGAAAUGUUUACCCUUUACUGUGAAAUGCCUCUGGGCACGAGUUGUUUCUCUUUUUUCUUUGCAAAAUUUGGCAUUUUGUAGUUAGAGGGUGGCAGAGGAGAGCUUGGUCUCAUGGAAAGGUAAUGGGUGUGUGUAAAGGCAGAAGUGAAAGAGACUGUGGGUCAUGGGGAGGGGCUGGGGUCAGAAAGAGCUCCGUGGAGAUACCCGCUACCAAGUUUCCCCCGGACUCCUACUGGUCUCUGCAACAGAAGCUGCCCAAAUGUGACCACAAGGGGUACAAACUGAGCAUAGACAUUAGGGGGAAGAAACUAUUCACAGCACACUCCUAUAUGUGUUUACUCAGUAGCAAGCCCCACAAAGUUCAGUGGAGCUUACACCCCAGUAAGUGUGUUUAGGACUGCAGCAUAACAUGCCCCAAACAAAACAGCUGCAUGAUCCUCCAGUUCCACAGGACACUUUAAAAUAGAGAACGCUCAUGAAGCCUCUUAAGAGCAGGAGGGAGGGAAAGGUCUGAGACCUGGGAAUUGAUGGAACAUGCUUCAUGCCCUGUUUGAUCUUGUUUUCAAUCAAGCAGGCAUUAUUAGUGUCCACACACAGAAUUCUGUUGAUUUCUCUUUGCAAUAACCCUCUUCCAAGCUCCUGAAAUAAAUUCCAUUCAAAAUAAAUAAAAUAAAACAAAA